CACCUCGUACCAUGGUUUCUGUAUAUGUAUCAUGUCACGUUUUCGUCCUUUUCUCACUAAAAUAAACUCUCUCUCUCUCUCUCUCUCUCUCUCUCUCUCUCUCUCUUCUGUACUUUUACUCGUUUUCUUCAACCUACACACACAUCACGAAUUCCGUCAUACAAAUUCUAUCUUUUUAAUUCUCUUUAAACUAACUCCGACCAUCUAAAUGGCUGAUACUCGCCGGAGAGGAUGAAAUUUACCGGCAACUUUCAGUACCCUCCCGUUGGCAUUACUUCCAAGAAUCCAAACACUUCACCUCACUCAGAUCUUCAACCUCCUAAACCAUUUCAACGCCGGAAACCUAGAACUCCGGGAACUCGUUUGAAGAAAUAUGGAGCUUCCGGUGCUGGUAAACGGAGCAGACCAGAAACCCCGCUCUUGAAAUGGAAGAUCCAUGACGAUGCACUUGAAGAGGACCACAAGUUGUCGCCGGCGAGUUCUAGUCGGAGAACGAGCCGGAGUUUGAAGAAGCAAACGGAAGUGUCUGUGUCGGCACGGAGACUUGCUGCCGGACUAUGGCGGCUGCAUCAGCCGGAGAUGGUAGUGGAUGAUAACCAGAGGAGGUUAGGGUUUCAGAAUGGAAGUGGCCAUGUAGGCCUCCCUUUCCCGGGUCGUCCAAAUGGCAUGACUCAUGAUCCGAAGAAUCAAUCUCAAAGUCCUCGUUCCGUCUUUGGGACAAAGAGUGGACACAACUGUCAGCUCAAGCCUUUCCAGAUUCUGAACACAGAAAUGGAGGGUGCAACAAAGUGGGAUCCUGUAUGUCUAAAAACAUUGGACGAGGCGCAGCAUAUCUACGCAAAACUUGAACAAAAGGUAAGAACUGUAUCUGUUGUAUCUGCUCUUGAAGCUGAACUAGAGCAGGCACGGGCACGUAUUCAAGAGCUUGAGACUGAACACCAUUCAUCCAAAAAGAAACUUGAUCAUAUCUUGAAGAAAGUCGGGGAGGAAAAGGCCCAAUGGCGAAGCAGAGAGCAUGAGAAAAUCCGUGUAUAUAUUGAUGAUAUUAAAGCAGAGUUGAAUCGAGAAAGGAAAAGUCGCCAGAGGAUUGAAAUUGUCAAUUCCAGGUUGGUAAAUGAGUUGGCAGAUGUGAAACUAUCAGCAAAGCGCUACAUGCACGAUUAUGAUAAGGAGAGGAAGGGCAGAGAACUGGUUGAGGAAGUGUGUGAUGAGCUUGCCAAGGAAAUUGGAGAAGACAAGGCUGAAGUUGAAGCGCUGAAGAGGGAAUCUAUGAAACUUAGGGAAGAACUGGAAGAGGAGAGAAAGAUGUUACAGAUGGCUGAAGUAUGGCGUGAAGAACGUGUUCAAAUGAAGUUGAUAGAUGCAAAAGUUGCUCUUGAAGAGAAAUAUUCACUGAUGAAUAAACUUGUUGCAGAUUUAGAAACUUUUCUCAAGUCAAAAAAUGUGAAUUCAAACACAAAGGAGAUGAAAGAAGCACAGUCACUUCAUCAGGCUGCAGCCGCAAUGAACAUUCAAGACAUUAAAGAAUUUUCAUACGAACCCCCCAAAUCAGAUGAUAUUUUUGCCAUUUUUGAAGAUGUAAAUUUUGGCGAGCACAACGAUAGGGAGAUUGAACCUUAUGUUUCUCACAGUCCUCCUAAUCAUGCCUCCAAGAUUCACACAGUGAGUCCUGAAGCAAAUGGAAUACGUAAAGAUGGCAUUCCAAGGCGUUCGGAUGUAUUUAUAGAUGAUAAUGGUGAUAUAGAGGGUGAUGAAAGCGGGUGGGAAACUGUGAGCCAUGUUGAUGAUCAAGGCUCAAGUUAUUCUCCAGAAGAGAGUGUCCAAUCUUUGAACAAGAACCAUCGAGAGAGUAAUGUUUCGCGGAGGAGUGUACUUGAAUGGGAAGAAAAUGCUGAUGAGCAGACACCAAUAACUGAAAUUGGUGAAGUAUGUUCUAUACCAACUAAGCAAUCAAAAAAGGUAUCAUCCGUUACGAGACUUUGGAGGUCGUUCCCAAACAAUGGGGAUAAUUACAAUAUAAUCUCUGUGGAGGGAAUGAAUGGGAAGCUUUCAAAUGGAAGAUUAUCCAAUGCAUCUCCAGAUUGUGGAUCAGGUAAAGGGGGACUUAGUCCUCAAGACCUUGAAUACCGGUUUAGUCCUUCUGAGUCUGGAAGUCCACAUUCACAACGAGGUAUGAAAGGAUGCAUUCCUCGCGGUGCACAGAAGCAUAGCUUGAAAGCUAAACUUUUGGAGGCUAGAAUGGAGAGCCAAAAGGUUCAGUUGCGCCAUGUUCUUAAACAGAAGAUUUAGAUGUGAGCAUAGGCAUUGCAUGGAUUGUCCUUCUGAAAUCACUUAAGGAAAGUGGUUCAUUUUAGGUUGUGAAGAAGGUACUAUUGUGCUGUUUAUGUAGAAACUUCUCAGAAGAUAUGAGAGGCCAUGAAUAUAUGCACAUACCGUUAUAAGCAGAUUCUCUUUUCCUUCCCUUGUGCUAUCAUAACUGUAACAGUGGAUUGUGUUGGGAAAUGAUUUGCUUUGUAAUAUGUUGUAACUGGCCUUACUUCAUUGCAAUAGGGUCUUGAGAAAAAUUACCAGAAGCAUGUGACUUGUGUUGUAUCAAUUAUUGUCAGAGGGCAAAUGUCAAGGAAAAACAGACUCAUAAAAUAUAGAUGAUAGUUUUCUAGAUUUUGAUUUUCUGUCAUUGCUGAUGUUGCUUAGGAUUUUGUUGUAGAUUGUAUUGUAGAAGAUUUACAAGGGUGAUGUGGUCCUGGCAUGGAAAAAGAUAAACUUUAUACUUGAAUGCUGGGACCUUGUCCUCUUUAUGUUAAUUUUGAUAAUAACUGUUGUCUAAAUAUCUAAUGAAAAUAAUGAAACUGAGAUUAGCAA